CCUCGACGCCACACCGGAUGUACGUCUGCCUCUCUUCGCCCGCCCGCUCGCAGCCGCUCAGCCUUUACAACCAUCUCCCGCAACUUCAGUGUGAGAGCAGCUCGGGCAGUGUAGACGCCUGUCCGGAUGGAGGACAAACCGCUCACCUAAAUCCGUGUCACUCCUCUUGACACGACCCGCGGUCGGGCAUGUAGCUUCACGUAUUUCCUCUGAAUACCACGUCUUACGUUUUUUUUUUAUGUGCGCGUGUGUGUGUGUGCCGAACAUGGGCUGCCUGCCGCGGAGAGUGUAUUCGCAGGGAUUUAACUGAGAGCAUUACGUUGCGUGCACAGUCAGCGUGAUUUGCUAUGGUGAUACUACAAGAAGCUAACCCCGAGCUAGCCCAGGGAUCGUUUUUUGGGAGAUACCUGUUUUUGGGACAGAGCUACACGCUAAACGUGUGAAUCGGACACUUUCUGGCGAUCUUCAUCAGGUUGGAAUAUCAAAAGGGAAUGUCGAACCAAGGAGUUAGGAGAAAUGGCCCAGUAAAGCUGCGGUUGACAGUCCUCUGUGCAAAGAACCUGGCGAAGAAAGACUUCUUUCGGUUGCCAGAUCCUUUUGCUAAAGUGGUAGUGGAUGGUUCUGGACAGUGCCACUCAACAGAUACUGUGAGAAAUACUCUGGAUCCAAAGUGGAAUCAACAUUAUGAUCUUUACAUCGGAAAGUCGGACUCUAUCACGAUCAGCGUCUGGAACCACAAGAAGAUCCACAAAAAGCAGGGCGCGGGGUUCCUCGGCUGCGUCCGGCUCCUGUCCAACACCAUCAACAGACUCAAAGACACGGGCUAUCAGAGACUGGAUCUGAACAGGCUGGGCCCCAAUGACAAUGAUACUGUAAGAGGACAGAUAGUAGUGAGUCUUCAGUCCAGAGAUCGCAUCGGAUCCGGGGGACCAGUGGUAGACUGCAGUCGUCUGUUUGACAAUGAUUUACCUGACGGCUGGGAGGAGAGGAGGACAGCAUCUGGAAGGAUACAAUACCUGAACCACAUCACCCGCACCACGCAGUGGGAGAGACCCACCAGGCCAGCGUCAGAGUACUCCAGUCCAUCGGGGCGUCCGUUGAGCUGUGUGGUGGACGAAAACACACCGGUGAUGACUCCUGUUAACGGGGCCGUGGCCAGCGGACCGCCGGGCGAACAGCGGAUCCAGGAGAGGCGGGUUCGAUCACAGCGGCAUCGGAACUACAUGAGUCGGACACAUCUGCAUACGCCUCCUGAUCUGCCCGAGGGCUACGAGCAAAGAACAACACAACAGGGCCAGGUGUACUUCCUCCACACACAGACCGGAGUCAGCACCUGGCAUGACCCCCGAGUACCCAGGGACUUAAGCAAUGUAAACUGUGAGGAGCUGGGACCACUGCCGCCAGGCUGGGAGAUCAGGAACACUGCCACCGGCCGCGUCUACUUCGUUGACCACAACAAUCGAACAACACAGUUCACAGAUCCACGACUGUCUGCUAACCUGCAUCUAGUUCUCAACAGCCCGAGUUCAAAUGGUUCCCGUGUGGCCCCGGACAGCCAAAACACUAACCUCAGUCACCCACCACAGCUGAAGGACCAAGGUGGUCCUGGAGUUCCUCCGCAGGCUCUGUCUCCUGCUCAGCUACCCGAAGAAGCCGAGUGCCUGACGGUGCCCAAAUACAAGAGGGACCUGGUGCAGAAGCUGAAAAUCCUCCGGCAGGAGCUCUCGCAGCAACAACCCCAGGCCGGCCACUGCCGCAUCGAGGUCAGCCGGGAGGAGAUCUUUGAGGAGUCGUAUCGGCAAGUGAUGAAGAUGCGUCCAAAGGAUCUUUGGAAAAGACUGAUGAUAAAAUUCAGAGGAGAGGAGGGGCUGGACUACGGAGGAGUAGCUCGGGAAUGGUUGUACCUGCUGUCACACGAGAUGUUGAACCCAUAUUACGGCUUGUUCCAGUACUCCAGAGACGACAUCUACACUCUGCAGAUUAACCCGGACUCUGCUGUCAACCCAGAACACCUGUCGUACUUCCAUUUUGUGGGCCGUAUUAUGGGCAUGGCGGUGUUCCACGGCCACUACAUCGACGGAGGCUUCACGCUGCCGUUCUACAAGCAGCUGCUGGGAAAGCCGAUCACGCUGGACGACAUGGAGUCCGUCGACCCCGACCUCCACAACAGCCUCGUUUGGAUCUUGGACAACGACAUCACCGGCGUCCUGGACCACACCUUCUGUGUCGAGCACAACGCUUACGGAGAAAUCAUCCCACACGAGCUGAAGCCCAACGGGAAGAGCCUCCCGGUGACGGAGGAGACCAAGAAGGAGUAUGUCAGGCUGUAUGUGAACUGGCGUUUCCUUCACGGCAUCGAGGCUCAGUUCCUGGCUCUCCAGAAAGGCUUCAACGAGGUCAUCCCACAGCACCUGCUCAAAGCCUUCGACGAGAAGGAGUUAGAGCUGAUCGUGUGCGGCCUGGGAAAGAUCGACAUCGCCGACUGGAAGUCCAACACCCGUCUGAAACACUGCACCCCAGACAGCAACAUCGUCAAGUGGUUUUGGAAAGCCGUGGAGUCGUUCGACGAGGAGAGGAGGGCCCGGCUCCUGCAGUUCGUCACCGGCUCGUCGAGAGUCCCGCUGCAGGGCUUCAAGGCUUUACAGGGGGCUGCAGGACCCAGACUCUUCACCAUCCAUCAGAUCGAUGCCAACGCCAAUAACCUGCCCAAAGCCCACACCUGCUUCAACCGGAUCGACAUUCCUCCCUACGAGAGCUACGACAAACUGUACGACAAGCUACUGACGGCUAUCGAGGAGACGUGCGGCUUCGCGGUGGAAUGAGGCCGCGGGGUCUGGGUGGGUUUUGGGUGCGUCUGCGCUGGACUCUGAGGAAACGUUCAUUGGGGAUCCGGCCCUACAGUCUUCCUCCUCCUCUCACCGACGCCCACGCUCCAACGUCCUGCGGUUGUUUCUAUGGUCGGAGUCCUUGUUUUUGUACUCAGAAAAAGAGAAUAGAUCAAAUUAAAUUAGGAAGCUUUGUUACCAGCUUAGCGUUCAACAUCCCAACAAACGGCUUCACUUUUUUUCUUCUUUUUUUUUUUUUCUUCCCCCUCCUUUGACGUGUCAGAAGAAAGAUCUACUACUUUUGAUUUCCUCAUGCUACUGAAUCCGUAACACUGCAGGUAGCAGAGUCGCUCAGUCCCAAACCCCUCAACACGUCCUCACGGCUGCAGAGUUGGUGUCCUCCGCCCGUCGGAGCACCUUCAGUCCAUCCUACCUCAGUGGAAAGCUUUCAUGUUUUUAAAUGAUUCGUUCUAAAUCUUUUAAAUCCAAAGCAGGGGUGGGGUCCAUGAUUCGUUUCUUCACACCAGCAGUCAUUUUGUAUUUUUUUUCAAGAACCGCACCGAACAUCUGAGAAGUUCUGAGAAGAAAAAAGGCGUUUUAUGUCCCAAAUAACCGCAGGGUGGCCGCAUCUUCGCCUUGCAGACGUCCCAGUAUCCCUUAAAUCGUUUCCCGUUUUGUUACUUUACAGCCAUACAUGAUUCAGUUUUUCUGUAAAUUGUGGUGUGCAUUUACAUUCAGCCCCCCCCCCCCCUCCUCAGUCAGUACCUUAUAGAGCCACACUUCACUGCAAGUACAUCUGCCCAUGCUUUUGUUCCUGAGAGCAAAGACUGAGCUAUUUGGAAAGUAAGAAUGGGCAGAAAUUUCAGAGUCAGACAGAUCGGACGAGGAGUUUUAUUAAUAACUCCUUCAGGUUUAGGUCGGGGUUAGUCCAACACGUUUGAUCCAAACAGUCCCUUUUUUUUUGUAAAUCCGGUUGUAUGUUUGCUGCUGUUUGUUGUCCUGCUGGGAGAUGAACCUCUUUCUUCCAUCGUUGGCCUGUAUUUAGCUCCACCCAUCUUCUGAGCAACCUUCGCCAGCUUCCCUGUCCCGGCGGACGAAGAGUGUUCUUUGCAUGUAAGCCCAAAAAACGUGAUUUUUUUUAGUUUGAUCGUCUACAUGUUUGCUGUGUUCCCGACACGCUUUGAGGCAGAAUCCAGGGCAAAAUCUAUGGCUCGUCACGUUGGCCAUCAAUGUUUUUGUAGGUUUGCAGUUUUGGAGGAUUUUAUUUAGGGCUGUCUGAGUAAAAAGGGGCUGAGCAUGUAUGCACACCAAAUUCUUUGGAGUUCAGUCUUUUUUUUUUUUUUUUUGUCAUUUUCCUUCCCCCCUUUACGAUUUCUUACUACUUUUGUUGUGUUCGAGCCCAAGAGAGUCCCAAUAAAACAUGUUGAAGUUUGCGAGCACCGACCCAAGAUGUGAAAAAUCUCAAAGGGGUAUGAAUCGUUCUGUGGGCACUGCACGUCUGUGCCGGUGUGCGAGGGCAGAUGCGUUUGUAAUCCCAUUUCACCGUCACCCGUUCGGUUUGCUGAAUCUCACUGCAGGCCUGAUGGAACCUCACCUUUUGGGCUCAUCUUCCCGCCUAACCUCUGCACACGUCCGUCUGCAGCAGUACGCAUGCCUGCGAUAUCCCGUCGAGCUAAACCCAGACCGCUUGAUGUCGGAUCACAAGUGAAAAAGGACAAUAACACACACAGGAUGGAGGGGGGGGGGGGGUGGAUUUAAAACUGGCUGAAGCAGAUGGCUUUUCUUCGCCGCCUAGGUUUCGAGUUUCUCUCUCUCUCUCUCUCUCUGUCUCUCUCUCUACACUUCAGAGCACUUUACAAAAUGCGCAGUGAUGGCAGGAGUGCUACUUUCAUGUCGGAUUAAAAGUGUGUCAUGUUUUCUUUUGUGUGAGCAACCAUAUUAGUUAUACACAGAUUAAAAAGUAUCUAUAGACCUGUAAUUUUUAAGUAUAUAUGUACAAAGAUAUAGCUAUUUUGUAUAUUGUUGCUUGUUUCUUUUUUCCGUUUUAAUUGCACGCAUGUUGUUGUCUUUCACAGACCUCUCUGCAUUCUCAGGUGAAGUUAGCUUCUUUUUCUUUCUUUAAAAAAAAAACAUGAAUUAGGCUGAUAUGUGAAGAACCUAAAAUUUGGAGGCCCUUUCUCCCUUGUAAGGCGGUCUUGGUGCAAAUAUUAUUCUGUAGGUCCAUUUCACAAUGGGAGAUCAAAAUGGCGGCGCUACAAUUAUUAUUGCGCUUCGAUCUUGUUUCAAGUCUGAGCUUUAGAUGCGAAGCUGCUCCUGAUCUAAUGGGUAAAACCAUAAUCGAGCGUCUCUGAACGCCAGUGAGCAAACCGUGAGGAGCUCCUUAAUCAACCGGGCGGGCAUGGAUGGACACUUGAGUUAAUGUAUUUCAGAUUGUUUUUUUUUUUUGUUCUUAAAUAUUUUGUCAAGGGGAAAUAUUAAAAUAUUAAUUUCAUAUGUAUACAUUUUAUUUGCAGCCAUGAAGCGGUUUCAUAUCCGAUUUAUAUCAGGCUAGAGGAGAUGAGAACAUGUCCUCUUGUCGUUUUAAAUUUAUUUGAUUUUGUUUUGGAUUUUUUUUUAUUUUCUUUUGUACACAUUAUGCACAUGCAGGUUCAAACUUAAUAUCUAAAACCUUUUUUAUUUACCAAAUAGUUAUUGGACUGGUUAUUUUUUUAAGCAGAUUUGAAUCAUAUUUGCACACACAAAAAAAAUGUCUGCCCUUUGAUUCUUUUUUUUUUUUUACCCCCCUUAGUGCAGACCUUUGCAGCCACAAACCCACAGAUCCUCCUAGAUUUUAAUAAUGAUUAAACAAAAAUGCAGCCUUGGUUUAUAAAAUUUUUCGUACUGACGGUCGGUUUACCUGUUGCAAACCACGGCAAGUCGUUGAAUGUUUAGUACAGGCAGCCCGCGGGGUUUGAAACAACAAAACCUGGAUGCAACAUAAUGUACCUGCAUGCUUGUGUGGGCCCUUAGUCAAGAUUUAUGUGCAAAUCUGUGUGUAAAUGUUAGACUUUUGAUUCAAUUCAGUAAAAAAAAAAAAGACGUUUUUUUUAAAAGACAUUUUUAUGGCAUAUUUCCUUUGAUUUUAUAUUUAUUUUAACGGUAUACAUGUGUUUAUAGUUUCCACAUUAGCUGCUCUGUGAGUUUGUAACUUACACUUGUACAUAAGGACAAUAAAGACGCAAAGUAAGAAACUUCUUAUACCCUUGCAGAACACUGAGCAAUAAAAAAAAAUACGCUGUUUGAACCCGACAGCAGUAUGUUUUAUAGAA